GUAGUUCUCUGGGCUCCAAGGACGCACGGCGGCGGGCGGGAGCAGGAUUGUGGGAGAACUACAAGCAGGAGGCGGGGUCCGGAACGAGAGGGCUGCGCGGCUCGCGGUGGCGAAGGCGGCUUUGGUGGCAGCAUGAAGCGCACUCCGACCGCGGAGGAAAGCGAGCGCGAAGCUAAGAAGUUGCGGCUUCUUGAGGAGCUUGAAGACACUUGGCUCCCUUAUGUGACCCCUAAAGAUGAUGAAUUCUACCAACAGUGGCAGCUGAAAUAUCCCAAACUAGUUUUCCGGGAAGCCGGCAGCGUGCCCGAGGAGCUCCAUAAAGAAGUCCAGGAAGCCUUUCUCGCACUACACAAGCAUGGCUGCUUAUUUCGGGACCUGGUGAGGAUCCAAGGCAAAGAUAUACUCACUCCAGUCUCUCGCAUCCUCAUUGGUGAUCCAGGCCACACCUACAAGUACCUGAACACCAGGCUGUUCACGGUACCCUGGCCGGUGACGGAUUCUGCUAUAAACUACACUGAUGCAGAAAUAAGCGCUGCUUGUCAAACCUUCCUCAAACUCAAUGAUUAUCUGCAAAUCGAAACUAUUCAGGCUUUGGAGGAACUGGCCAUCAGAGAGAAGGAGAAUGAAGAUGUCGUGCCAUUGUGCAUAUCAGAAUUCCCCAGGGUGGGCCUGGGGUCAUCCGAUGAUGGCCAAGAUGAAGUGGACAUGAAGAGCAGAGCAGCGUACAACUUGACUUUACUGAAUUUCAUGGAUCCACAGAAAAUGCCUUACCUGAAGGAGGAGCCUUAUUUUGGCAUGGGGAAGAUGGCAGUGAGCUGGCAUCAUGAUGACAACUUGGUGGACAGGUCCGCGGUGGCAGUGUACAACUACAGCUGUGAAGGUUCUGAUGAGGAAAGUGAUGAGGAUUCCAAUCUCGAAGGCAGAGACCCUGACAUUUGGCACGUUGGCUUCAAGAUCUCGUGGGACAUAGAGACGCCCGGCCUGGCAAUACCGCUUCACCAAGGAGACUGCUAUUUUAUGCUUGAUGAUCUCAAUGCCACCCACCAGCACUGUGUUUUGGCUGGAUCACAACCUCGUUUCAGUUCUACCCACCGAGUGGCGGAGUGCUCCACCGGAACCUUGGAUUACAUCCUACAGCGCUGCCAGGUGGCUCUUCAGAAUGUCCGCGACGACGUGGAUGGGACUGAUGUCGCUUUAAAAUCUUUCGAGCCUGCAGUUUUGAAACAAGGAGAAGAAAUUCACAAUGAGGUGGAGUUUGAGUGGCUGCGACAGUUUUGGUUUCAAGGUCACCGGUACAGAAAGUGCACCGACUGGUGGUAUGAACCCAUGACUCGAUUAGAGGAGCUCUGGAGGAAGAUGGAAGAUGUGACAAAUGCCGUGCUGCGUGAGGUUAAAAGAGAGGGGCUCCCCGUGGAACAAAGGAACGCAAUGCUGACUGCCAUCCUGGCCUCGCUCACCACCCGUCAGAACCUGCGGAGGGAAUGGCACGCCAGGUGCCAAUGUCGAAUCGCUCGAACUUUGCCCGAGGAUCAGAAGCCAGAGUGCCGGCCCUACUGGGAAAAGGAUGACCCUUCCAUGCCUCUGCCGUUCGAUCUCACAGACCUCAUGUCCGAGCUCAGAGGUCUGCUUCUGGAAGCCAAGUCCUAGAGGGGACCCCAUCCCGGGCAGAGGAAGACACAAUCCCUUUGGCUUUUCUCUCUUUCCACCUUGUCAUGCUUGGGCUUGAGCAAGGGCAGUGUAAACACCUCUCAACCUUUGGAUUCGGAAAUGUGGAUCCCAGUUUAAUACAGCGAGGGAAUGGAGCCCAGCAGUGUUGGAUUCUGUCAAGAUGACGCCAUGUUAGAAUGUGAUUUGAGAUGAAACAAGAAUUUACCCCAAAAUAAUAUUGCAGCAGGGAUGAGGCCCAGCUGUGACAAAGCCACAUUUCCUUUCCUUUCACUCACGCCUUUCCAAGAGGCUUCACAGGGGACCCAGGCUUCUGUGGGGAGACAGGACAAACAUCCAUACGUCCACCCCAGUUUCUUCCGACACCCUCUAGAGUAGAAUAGCCAAGGCCAGUGAAGUCAUUUGGUCUGGUCUUUGCCAAGGCCACUGCAAGACAGGACUCAAAAUUCAAUAAACCAACAGCAGGCUAAUGUGUAAACUGUUCGUUUAAUAUGACCCACAAAUGAUGUCAUAAAUAUCCAAAUAACCCUUGGCUAGAAAAGAGGUUCCCUACCAGUGAUCUUAAGUUUGUGGGAGCCA